AUGAGUAACCUCUGGCCCUCGCGGCUCCCGCAAGAGGACCCCCAGCCGGAGACGACCGAAGACGUAGCCGAUACGGGCGAGGUUGCCGACGCCGACGCCGGCUCCGAGCCCGGGCAGACCGACCUCCCACCGGUGCCCGCGCCGCCGCAAUCACGGCCGUCCCUCCAGCGCAACGCCAUGCAGACAGCUCCUCCUCCCGCGGCGCCCAUGGCUCCGCCGCCGCCCAACGGCCAUAACCCGACCGACUCGCUCUCGCUGAUGCAGCUGCGGCGCAUCGUGGCCGAGUUUAAUCGUGCCGACCCGGUGGCCUACGACUUCGAGUACUCCGACAUGGGACCACACCCGGAGGAGAUUGACGAGUGGUUCGUGUACCAGUUCUGGCAGUGGGUGCGCCUCAACUCUGCCCAGCGGGCGUUUGAGUGGCACUGGCAGCACGAGUUCCGCGCCCAAAAUGCCUGGGACGACGCAGACAACGAUACCCGGACGCGCUUCAUCCAGGCCGCCAUCGCUGGGGUGCAGUCCAAUGACGCCGCUCUGAGGUCGGCUUCGAUCGGGAAGCUGGUCUAUCUUGUACUGGGGCGAUGGGGCGACACAGCUAUGGCAAAUGCUACCAGCGGAGAUAACAAAUCGGUUGCCAGCAUCUCUCAACUACAAGCUAUCAAGGCCGGCGUAGAGUGCCUCACUUCUCUUGAAGGAUUGCCCGUUAUUUGGGAGGCGCUCCGCAACAGCUUCGAAGUGCAUUGGUCUGGCGAUCCCCAGGGACAGCAUGGUAACCUCCAGGAAGCCCAGGACGAAUUGAUUAAUCUCAUGACGAUUAUGUAUAUUGCGAUUCAGGAAACUCUCAACGACCCCGAGGACAUGUCUUCCACCUAUGGAAAACUCUUGGAGCUUAACCCCUCGUUGGUCGACUACAUGCUUACAGCUACCUCGAAGCUCCGAUGGGACGAGCAAAACCUCAUGCCCCAUACUCAAAUAUUCUUGCUCUUCUGGAAAUCCAUCCUGCUUGUUUUUGGCGGUUCCCAGGAGCUGGAAACAGUCAAGAAGGCUACCAGCGAAAUGGCAAACGACGGCAAGGACAAGGAGACCAUUACCGCCUCACCCCUAGACUAUCAUGUCUUUCGCCAGGAAAUCACAUCCAAGUACCCGGCUUAUGUGCCCCCACAACCGCUCAUACCCUUAGAAGCCGAAAAUACUUCGUUGCUUCCCCCACUACACAACCAGUCAUCUAGGAACAACGGUGCUAAUGGUAUCAUUCCUGCACCGCCUCACGUUCAAAGCGGAGGUACAUCGAUCCUCGAUCAGCCGGUUCACAUUGCUACACCUGCGCCUUCACCGCCACCAUCACCUGGAGUGGGUGGCAAGGGAGGCAAGAAGCAGAAUUACCAGACAAAUCAAAAUUUCCCCUUCAUGUAUCCGCCCCUCGACGCUACCAGUAACAGCGCUGGCGGAAAGGGCCCUGCUGGGUUCCACGACGCCCUGGUUGGCCGGAAGUGGGAGGGAAGCGACAUCCCUGCUUCGAUCCUCGAGGCCGGCGAGUUGUUCUCGACUCGAGUAAGAAUGACACGAGCAACCCGUCAGCUUUGGGAAGAGCGUGAGCGGUUCCUCAAGUUCGAGCGUGGCUGGGAGGCUGGCGACGAGGACGAUGACAUUGAGGACCUUGACCUCAAUGAGCUUACACUAGAGGAGCGCGAAGUCCUGAGAGAAAUCAGGGCCGAAGAGAAGUUUGAAGAAAAUAAGAGAAACCCGACCGCGUCAGAGCUGGAGAUAGACUUUGGGCCACGACCAGAGCUACUCAGUGAACGAGACAAGCAACGACUCGUUGCAGUGGAGAAGUUCUACCGCGAUGCGUUACCCCAUCUCCAAUCUCUCGUCAUUGUUCUUCUGCGGCCAAUUCUCAUCAACGUGACGGCAAUCGUCGCACAACAACCCCAACAAAUGCCACCCGGAAUGGGUCGGGGUAACAACCCUGGCAUGAAUGGUGGUCCCAUGAGUAACAAGCCCCAAGAAAUGCCAGGCCAGAACGGUAUGAGAGAAGUUCCAGAACCAUCGCCCGAGGAGAUCGACGCUGCACGAACGCGUGAGAUUACAUCCAAGGCGAUGACUGGCAUCCUCCUCCUCCUGUUGAAAUGGCUGAGGCUCUCUCAUGUGCUCAAGUUCGAGUACUUGACGCAGCUUCUAUUGGACUCUAAUUACGUCCCUCUCGUUCUGAAGCUCUUUGCUCAUCAAGAUAUCCAGCAAGUGGUCGAUAGUAAGAUGGACCGCGUGGAGAACAGCUUUUUCCACUUUUGCAAUCUGCGAUCACGGUCCAAGGACAAGUUGGCCGCAGAUCUGGACCAAGAUGAGGAAGAGGAAGAAGAUAUAGUGAGUGAAGAUGAUGCUGCGCCACCACCGAUCAAGAGACGGCGGUCGCCAACCGAACCCCCACUGGAGGAAGAUGAAGGAGAUUCCAAGAACGACAAUCAACUUUCCGCGAGGCCGGAAGUUGACGAGCUGGGAUACCCCGUCAACCCCCUUCCCACCGAGCCCAUUACCGAUUUCUCACGCCGCAACUUCUUCUCUCUCAUCAAUUACCUGAGGGUGAUGCAAAAGAUUUGCAAAAACAAGGCACACCGGAAUCUCCUGUUGGUGCAGUAUAAGUCUUCAACCAUCCUACGGAAAUCCCUAAAGGUGCCACAGCAGGAGCUCCGGCUCUACACCCUGAAGUUGUUCAAGAACCAAGUCCCCUACUGCGGCCGUAAGUGGCGCCAGAGCAACAUGAGGGUCAUUACGGCGGUGUAUUUGCAUUGCCGACCAGACCUGCGAGAUGAGUGGCUCGCGGGCAGUGACGUGGACGCCGAGGUAGACGCGGCGCUACCCCUGGAACAGGCGCUGCGUAGCUUGACGCACUGGCUCAACGUGCGGCGGUUCCCUGAGAAGAUUGCACCCGAGAUCCGGGCGGCGAUGCGGGAUGAGCAGGACUUUUUCUCGAGGGAGUUGGAGAAACUGGAUAUGACUUGGGCGGACCAGGCUGCUGAAGAUGCCAUGAACGAGCUGGAGCAUGUGGAAGGUUGGGCGUAA